GGCCGGGAGGGGCAGGCGUGCACCGUGCAGUCCCCGCGCAGGACGCAGAGGAAACUUUGAAUGCGCCGCGUUAGGAGGGACCACCUCCUUGGCCUGGAACACACCAUGUUUGCCGAGCAGGCUGCCCAGAGGGCCCACACGCUGCUGUCCCCGCCGUCAGCCAGCAACGCCACCUUUGCCCGAGUGCCCGUGGCGACUUACACCAACUCCUCCCAGCCCUUCCGGCUGGGGGAGCGCAGCUUCAGCCGGCAGUAUGCCCACAUCUAUGCCACCCGCCUCCUCCAGAUGAGGCCCUUCCUGGUGAGCCGGGCCCAGCAGCAGUGGGGCAGUGGGGUCCUGGUGAAGAAGCUGUGUGAGCUGCAGCCCGAGGAGAAGUGCUGUGUGGUGGGGACCCUCUUCAAGGCCAUGCCGCUCCAGCCCUCCAUCCUGCGGGAGGUCAGCGAGGAGCACAACCUGCUCCCCCAGCCCCCCCGGAGCAAGUACAUCCACCCCGACGAUGAGCUGGUCCUGGAAGAUGAAUUGCAGCGAAUCAGACUGGAAGGCACCAUCGAUGUGUCCAGGCUGGUCACAGGGACGGUGCUGGCCGUGCUGGGCUCUGUGAGAGACGACGGCAAGUUCGUGGUGGAGGACCAUUGCUUCGCAGGGCUGGCUCCUCAGACGCCUGCACCACCCCUUGACCUGGACAGGUUUGUGCUGCUGGUGUCCGGUCUGGGCCUGGGUGGAGGCGGGGGUGAGAGCCUGCUGGGCACCCAGCUGCUGGUGGACGUGGUGACGGGGCAGCUGGGGGACGAGGGGGAGCAGUGCAGUGCCGCCCACGUGUCCCGCGUCAUCCUCGCUGGGAACCUCCUCAGCCACAGCACCCAGAGCAGGGAUUCCAUCAACAAGGCCAAGUACCUGACCAAGAAAACCCAGGCUGCCAGCGUGGAGGCCGUCAAGAUGCUGGACGAGAUCCUCCUGCAGCUGAGUGCCUCGGUACCUGUGGACGUGAUGCCAGGCGAGUUUGACCCAACAAACUACACACUCCCCCAGCAGCCCCUGCACCCCUGCAUGUUCCCACUGGCCACCGCCUACUCUACGCUACAGCUGGUCACCAACCCCUACCAGGCCACCAUCGACGGAGUCAGGUUCCUGGGCACAGCGGGACAGAACGUGAGUGACAUUUUCCGGUACAGCAGCAUGGAGGACCACCUGGAGAUCCUGGAGUGGACCCUGCGUGUCCGCCACAUCAGCCCCACAGCCCCUGACACCCUGGGUUGCUACCCUUUCUACAAAAGCGACCCAUUCAUCUUUCUGGAGUGCCCGCACGUCUACUUUUGUGGCAACACCCCCAGCUUUGGCUCCAAAAUCAUCCGAGGCCCCGAGGACCAGACGGUGCUGCUGGUGGCUGUGCCGGACUUCAGUGCCACGCAGACGGCCUGCCUGGUGAACCUGCGCAGCCUGGUCUGCCAGCCCAUCAGCUUCUCGGGCUUCGGCGCCGAGGACGACGCCCUGGGAGGCCUGGGUCUGAGCCCCUGAGUCGUGGAGGCGGCCUCUGCCCCUGCUGGGCCAGCACGGAGCCCCUGAGUCGUGGAGGCGGCCUCUGCCCCUGCUGGGCCAGCACGGAGCAGCUUGUCUGUAAAUAAACCUGACGGCUAACUGGU